GGACCUAUUAUUGAAUUUACACAUAUCGUGAUGAUUUUCUCGAUAUGUAUUUAAUUUUGCUAAAGAUCAAAUUAUUCGAGUUCUAUGGAUUUGCGCCCUAUCGAGAGAUGAUGGUAGUGAACUGCCGAGAACAAUAUACAAGAAUUCCAUGCUCGGGUCUUGAUUGGCUGUUCGAGAUUAGCCGUCGAAGAGCUUCACCAUAAGUUAUUUAGAAAUUCUAUCUGUGUAGCAGUCUGAGAACAAUUAAUUUUCCGAUCAAAAAAGCUCCGUAUCGAUCUGUGAGUGCAUAUAUGAGUGGUGGUAUUUGUUGUAAUUUAGACCCAUGAGUCUUCUCUUACCUGUCAGUCAACUCUAGUCGCAAUCACGUAACGGGCAAUCUCGAGAUACCAUCAACAUGCUCCAAAAUCUCCUUAGGGCCAUAGAGGUUCUAUUCCUAUCGGCUCUAGUGUCAGCUGUGUCAAAUGUGACUGUUGUUCCUCUUACGAGCGGCUGUUCUUCGUACCCUAACUAUGACAACACGACGGGCAUCGCAGGGCCUCUACGUUUAGUCGCAGACUCAACCGGAACGGAUGUUGACGGGUUUAAAUUUAAACCCCUAUUCGCCAUUGCUGUUGGUGGUGGAAGUUGGGGCUUCAUGGUACUACCAACGAUCGAGAACAAGACCGCAGAGGAAAUCCCAUUCCAAUGUAGCAACGACACGUUGCAAGCUCACCUAAAUAUGGGUUUCGCUGGGACUGUGUGGCAGGAUCUGAUCGCAGCUGGGACACCCGGCGAGUCCGUCUUCGGGUUUCGCUUGCCAGAUUUACCGGACCCCAACUAUCACCUUGAGACAUGCGCUUUGAUUACCAUGAAUUUGCACCUCGUAGACGGAGUGGAGCAACCGGGGGUGUAUCUCGGAUCCGUCAACGUCACAAACUGGGGCUUCAACUACCAGAACUUUACCGAGACGGGCGAGUACUACUACGCAAGGCUGCUGGGGCCGAAUAGCAAUAACCCAGCGACGGGAAAGCAACUGAACUCAGGGGAAUUUGCCGGGUAUAUUAAGAUCACUGCCGCUUGA